UUAAUUUCUAGCUCUCAACUCUCAACUCUCCCUUCUGUAAUUUGCAUACAAAGCUUAGCUAAAGGGAAAGAUGUAUUAUCAUCAGAUUCAACUAUCACCUUGCAUUUCCGUCCGUCCUUCCUUGAUGCUUAAGCCAAGGAUGGUCCAGACCAGUGGGGAGGUCGUCAAGACGGAGAGGAGAAGAGUCGAUCAUUGCACAAGGGUCCCCCGUAACGUAAAUUUGGAGAAGCUCAGAAAUGGGUAUCUGUUUCCUGAGAUUGGUAUGCGUGAAAAUGAACACCUUCAGAAAUAUCCUUAUGCAAAGUUGAUAAGCCUUGGAAUUGGUGAUACCACUGAGCCGAUACCCGACAUCAUCACAUCCAACAUGGUUGAGCAAGCACAAGCUUUAUCAACUGUUAAGGGUUACAAAGGGUAUGGAGCUGAGCAAGGUAACAAGUCAUUAAGGAAGGCAAUUGCAGAUGUGAUUUACAGAGGUCUAAAGGUGAAGGACACAGAAAUUUUCGUAUCAGAUGGUGCACAGUGCGACAUUUCCCGCCUUCAGCUGCUUCUGGGUUCCAAUGUGACAAUGGCCGUCCAAGACCCUUCAUUUCCGGCAUAUAUAGAUUCGGGUGUUAUAAUUGGUCAAGCUGGAGAGCUUCAGGAGGAAACAGGGAAAUACUGGAACAUCGAGUACAUGAAAUGUGGGCCUCAGAACAAUUUCUUUCCAGACUUGUCGACCACAGCAAGGACUGACAUCAUUUUCUUCUGCUCCCCAAAUAACCCAACUGGUUAUGCUGCGUCGAGAAAGCAGCUAGAGCAACUAGUGGAGUUCGCAAGAAAAAAUGGAUCAAUCAUCAUAUACGACUCUGCGUAUGCCGCUUAUAUCUCAGAUGAUAGCCCAAGGUCUAUCUUCGAAAUUCCUGGGGCAAGAGAGGUCGCAAUUGAGGUCUCUUCCUUCUCCAAAUUUGCUGGGUUCACCGGCGUCCGUCUCGGCUGGACAGUGGUUCCCGAGGAGCUGUGCUUUGCUAACGGCUUUCCUGUCAUAAAAGAUUUCAACCGCAUUGUCUGCACCUGCUUCAAUGGCGCAUCCAACAUUGCUCAGGCAGGGGGCCUGGCUUGCUUAUCCCCUGAAGGUUCCAUGGCUGUACGUGGCGUAAUUGAUUACUACAAGGAGAAUGCAAGAAUAAUUCUGGAUACAUUUGCAUCGCUGGGUUUGAAGGCAUAUGGUGGCAAAAAUGCUCCUUACGUUUGGGUGCAUUUCCCAGGUUCAAGCUCUUGGGAUGUAUUUGAUGAGAUUCUUGAGAAGACACACAUCAGUACAGUUCCUGGGAGGGGAUUCGGCCCUGGUGGUGAAGAGUAUAUCAGAGUUAGUGCAUUUGGCCACAGAGAAAGCAUCCUCGAAGCUUCAAUGAGGCUGAAAAAUCUGUUUAGAUAAAACCCAUUUUCACAUCUUCGUUUUUGGGUCUAUCAAAAUGCUGACGAUGUUAACCAUUCAGGUUAAUUUUAGUCUGGAAUUCUGUCUACUUUCUUGUCGUUUCGUGUCAUGUGAGUAGUAACUGUAACAAAUAAUGAUCUCAAAGACCGGGAAUAAGUUAUUGGGAAUCCCAUGAUU